AUGAAUAACGAAAUGAAAAUAGGAAAAGAAGAAUUAGUGGAAUGGGUAAAGAAUGUUUUAAAAAGAAAAAAUUUUAAUUUUAACGAUUUAAAAAAUGGUGAUAUUUAUUUAGAACUUUUUGAAUAUAUAUGGCCACAUGCUAUGAAAAAAUAUAAAGGUUGCAUUUUUGUUAAUCCUAUAAAUGAUAUAGACAAAAAAAAAAAUUGGAAUGUAAUAAAAACAAUUUUAAAUAAUGUAAAUAUUGAUAUUAAUUUUAUAAAUUAUGAUGAAAUAUGUAAAAAUAGUUUUAUAGAAUGUUACCAAUCAUUAAUUAUAUUAUAUUUUUUAUAUUCUCUUGUUAAAAAUAAGGAAUGUAAUUUUACUUUAGCAUAUCCCAUAAAUAAAGAACUAACUAAUUUUAUGUCAAAUGAAAAACCAUUAAAUUGCUUAGUAAAUUGUAAAAGUGUAAAACUAUCAGAAUGUGUCAUAAAAAAUAAACAAUAUUCUCAAAUAGAUAACAUGGUAGAUAAUAAAAUAGAUAAUCUUUAUACGAAUCACAUUAAUUGUAUUAAUGAAUUAAAUUUUAAAAAUAAAAAAACAGAAAAAAAUAUCUUAGAUUCAAAUAUAUUUCCAAAAAAUUAUAUAAAUAAUAAAAGCCAAAUUAAUUCUAGUUCGAUUAUUAAUGAUGAUUUUAUGUAUUCUCAAAAUACUGAAUCGCCAAAAUCUUUUUAUUCACAAAAAUUCAAAAAAAAAAAAAAAAAAAAUGACAAUUAUACAAUUGAGAACAAAAUAAAAGAAAAAUGUGUAACAGAAUUAGAUGAAAAUUAUUCUUUGCAUAAAACUAAACAAAAUAAUAAAUAUAAUAAAAAUUUAUUUUUUUAUAAUUCUUUAAAAAAUUUUGAAAAAAAUAGUGAUUAUAUAAAAAGUAGUACAGUUUCAAAUGUUUCUAGUUCUAGCGAAAAGAGUGAAUCCAUUUCAGAAAAAAGUGCAAACAAUCAUAUAAAGACAAAAAGCAGUUUAUUAUUAGACAAAAUAUAUUACAACGAAAAAAAAGAAAAUGAAAAAAAAAUAAAUCCUUUACAUAAUUUUUAUGAUAGAGAAAAAAUUCCUAAAAGCAACUUUUUUAAAUAUUUUAAUAUUGAGGAAAAUAUAAAUGAAGAGAAUAAAAAUGACGAGAAUAAAAAUGACGAGAAUAAAAAUGAAGAGAAUAAAAAUGAAGAGAAUAAAAAUGAAGAGAAUAAAAAUAAUAAUUUGAUUUUACAAGAAUUAGAACCACCUUUCCAAACAUCUACAGAAUCAUCAAAGUUUUCAAGCAUAAGUAAUGUAGAAAAAGAAAAAAAAAAAAAUUAUAAAAUUGAUGCUUCAUCACAAACCAAUGAAAAUGAUAUUUUAGAUAUUUUUCUAAACAUUAAUGAAAUGAAUAAUUUUGAAAAUAUAUGGACAAAAAAUAAUAAAAAUAAAAAUCAAAAUCAAAAUCAAAAUAAUAAUGAUGGGGAAAAAAUAAAAUCGGAUUAUUUUAUAGAAUAUCUAAAAAGACAAAUAAAAAUAUACAAAAAGGAAUUAGAUAUAAAAAUAAAUGAAUUAGAAUUAGAAAAAAAAAUUCAUGAAAAAAAAAUUAAAGAUAUUAAUGAAACACAUAAUGUAGAUUUAUUAAAUUUGAAAGAAAAAUAUAAUAAUGAAAUUUUAUAUUUAAAAAAUGAAAAUAUUGAAAAUCUUAUUUCCAUAAAAAAAAAAUAUGAACGUAAAUUAAAUAACAUAGAAGAUGAUUUACUUUUAGAUCUAGAUGUUCUAAUUUUUGAAAAUCAUAAUGUUAUAGAUACAUUUGAAAAUUAUAAAAAUAAUGAACCAAAGACAAGAAUUAAUAAACAAUUAAACGGGUUCUACAUGCAUUCCGAUGCAGAAAAUAGUUUCGAUUCGGAAAACUUUGAGCCGAGUGGCAAUAAAAAUGGAGAUAAAAAUGGAGAUACCAAAAUUAUGAACAAUAACAUUGCAGAGGUAAACAGAAAUAUUCAAUUAUCCAUUAAAAAAAUAAAAAAUUUAGUUUUGGAAAAAAAUAAAGAAAAUAGGGAAAAUAACGAAUAUAUAAAUAAUAAAAUUGUAAAUCUUAAAAAUAUAAUAAAAAAUAAUAAUUUAGAAAAGAUAAAAAAUUAUGAUAAUUUAGAACAAAAUAAAAAAAUAUUUCAACAGCUUUUAAAAUAUAUCGAAGAUAUAAUCACAAAAAAUGAAGUUAUAUUUUCUAAUACAGAUAAUGAAGAAUCGUGUUUAAAGAAAAUUAAAAAUGCUAUAUAUAAUAUAAUAAAAAAUAAAAAAUAUGAAAUAAAAAAUGAUGAAAUAUGUAAACUGUUAGAUAAAAGUCAUAUAACACGUCUUAUUAUUCAUAUAAUAUAUUUUUUGGCUAAAGAACAUAUAAAAACACAAAAUAUAAAAUUGAAUAUAAUAAAAAAUAUAUCUUUAAAAGAUUAUACAAAUGAUGAAAUAAAUAUAGAUAAAAAAAUAAAAAUAUUUGAAACAGUAGAAAAAGAAAAAGAUAAUAUUUUCAAUUCAGAACAAAUAAAUAUCCAAAAUAGAGAUACUACUAUAAUACCAAGUAAUGAAAUAAUUAAAUAUGAAAAAGAAAUUGAAAAAUAUGAAAAAAUAAAAAAUUUAGAAAAAAAAAAUAAAAAAUUAUUAUCUAUUAAUGAAUAUUAUAAAAAAAAGUUAGAACACACUGAAAUAUGGAAAAAGUCUAUCGGAAAUUUUAAAAAAAAAAUCAGCCAUGAAAAUAAUGAUUCUAUUGUAGAACCACCAAAUGGGCAAAGUGGGAAAAGUGGACAAAGUGAAUUAAAUGGAAGCGGUGGAAGCGGUGGAAGCGGUGGAAACGGGCCUAAUUGCUUAGACUCGAUAAGACCCAAUUUUGCAGAGUUUCCAAAAUUUUAUUUAAAAAUAUUUGAAGAGGAAAAUGAGAAUGAUGCAGAAUUAAUGUUUCUCUUAAAAAAGUUAGAUAGAUGUGAUAAUGAACCAGACGAAUUUAAAAUCUUUGGUGAAGACACAACCGAAAUGUACAAAAAAAUUAAUAAAUUAGAUGAAGGAAGAAAUGAAAUAUUUGAUACUGAUAAUAUUUUUUUAAAGAAAAACAAAAUAGAGACAGAAAAAAUAACUGGAACUGAUCAUGUGUCGGUUGGCAAUGCAUCGGGCGACAAUGCAUCGGUUGGAAAUGCAUCGGGUGACAAUGGAUGGUUAUUAGAUUGCAAAAAUAAGAAUUCUGAAAAAAUAAAAAAAAAACUAACUUAUUUAUUUUGGAAAAUGCUAGGAGAUAUAUAUAAAUAUAGAAACAUUAUUCGAGAAGCAUUUAAUUAUGUUAAUAAUUUAAACAAACAAUUUAAUGAUUAUAUUUUAGAAAAUGAUGAAAGAUUUAAAACCUCAAAUACAUAUUUUGAAAUUUUUAAUCAAAAAAAUAUAAAUUUUUACUUAUCAGAUAAAUAUAAAUUAAGAAAAAAAAUAGGAAUAGAAAAAUUAAAUGCAAAUAUUUAUAAAAACAAAUAUAUAGAUAUACUAAAUAAAUAUCAACAAGAAAAAAAUAAAUAUAUUUUUCUAACUAAUAGUUGUCAUGAAAAUGAAAGUAUAAAAUAUAAAUAUACAAUUAAUCAAUUGAAAGAUGUUUAUUUUAAUUUAAAAAAAUAUCAAAUAAGAGAAACAAAAUGGAAUCAAUUAACUAAAUUGCUGGCGACACAAAUUAAUGCACCUUCCACUCGGAUCGAACAAAUGAUUAAAGAUGUUUGGAUUGAAAUAUUGGCAACAAAUAAUUUGGAAAAUGAAAUAGACAAUGAUGUAGAUGAGAUAUAUAUAAACAAAAAAACGAAAAAUAUAAAAAAUAAGAUAUCAAAUUAUACUUUGGUAAAAAAACAAACUACCUAUCAAAAUUUACAACACAUAGAGCAAAAACAAAAUGAAAAAAAUAACGACACUUAUUUGAUUUCGCUACUUGAAAAUACAACACAAAAAAUGAGCAUACUAAAAGAUAGAGAUGUUCAAAAAAAAGAUAAAAUAAAAACAACAAAAUUAGUUAAAAUACCUGAAAAAAUUACAAAUAAUAAUAAAGAUGGUUUAAAAAAUGAAGAGAAUAAUAAAAAAAAAUCAUUUUUAAAAAUAGACAAUUAUAAUGACCAAUUGAAUUAUUAUAAAUAUGACUUUAACACAUGUUUACACAAAAUUAAAAAUAAUAAAAUUUGUGAAUCAUAUUCUGAAAGUGAACAAGAUGAUUCAGAAAUAUAUAACGAUAUAAACUUGCCUAACUUGGAACAAUCCUUAGAUGAUGAUUCUCAAAAUAAAAACCAAUUUAUUGAAAAUGGAAAAUUAGAUAUUUAUAAUAAUGAGGAUAAUAUUAACGAAUCAAAUGAUGAUUUGGUUAGCUUGAAUGAAGAAAAAAAAAAAAAAAAAAAAAAUAUAAUUUUUUUACUAAGUAAAAUGGCAAAGGAAUCAUGUAUUAUGUUUCAAAAUAUUUUAAAAAUAAAAGAAGAAGAAUUAAAAGAAAAAGAAGAAAAAAUAAUAUAUUUAGAACAAGAAAUUUUGGAACUAAAACAACAAAAUAUUAAUGAACAAAAUAAUUUUCAACAUUUAGAAGAUGAACAAACAAAUUUUAAAAACCAACUUAGCUUAUUAAAAAAUAGUAUAAAAUAUUUAAAUGAUCAAAUUUUACUUUUAAAUAAAGAAAAAUUACAUCUACAAAUUAGUUGUUUAGAAAAAGAGAAAGAAUUAGAAUUUAUUAUAUCAAAUUAUAAGAAUACAUUUAAUAAAAUUAAGGAAAAUAUACAAAAUUAUCCUCUUAUUAUAUAUUUAUUGGAAAAUUUAGAUAAAAUAAAUAACUCACAAAAUAAAUUAAAAGAUGUCAAAUCUCAAGAGAUUAAAGAUAUUGCAGAUGAAGAAGAUGUGCAAUCUUUUUUUCAAACAGAACAAAAUGAAAAUAAAGAGACAGAUAAUAUUCGAAAUAAAUUUGAGUGUCUAAAUAGUAUUGAAGAGAAAGAAAUGAAUUCAGAUAAAGUAAAAAAUAACACAAAAGAUUCUAAAAUUUUAGUUGAUUUUCAAAAUUUUCAAAAUUUUCAAAAUUUUCAAAAUAUUCCCAACUUUCCCAACGUUCCCAACGUUCCCAACUUUCCCAACUUUCCCAAAUUUCCAAACUCUACUUUAAAUGACUUAAUUAACGAUUCCUAUAAUUACUAA